CCCCACCCCCCUCUUGGGCACUGGCUCAUCCUCUUCAAAAACUAUCUAGUGGAACGAUACCAUCACUUGUUGCACAUCGAUUGCUAAUAAUUAAAAGAAUUUCCAGUGCCACUGUGAAAGCUCUCGGCAAUCGCUAGUUUUGCACGAUUUUGGACCUGCAGAAACUAUUAGGAGCUUUGAGAAAACACUUUAUGUGAACUUUGUUAUUUGAUGUAAGAUCUGUCUUUCUUUUUAGAUAAAUAACUUGGUCGAUUUUUACCCAUAUUUUUACCAAUCAAUACCAACAUAGUGAAACUACACCCAAUUCCAGAUGCGUCUGAGAAUGUAGUAUCUUUCAAGAACUUUUAAAGUGAGAACGUCUGACUGACACUUGCCCCGGAUGAUUUUAUUUUGAGGGGAAAUAUUCUCGUAUGGAAUUGUUGAUAUAUAAUUUUAAUAUCUUAACUUGAAACAUUAUUAUAUUAUGGAUAAUGCAACAGAAAUACGGCCUGGUUAGUUGUUGAGUAUUUAAAAAUAUAUAUAUAUGUCGUUAUAGCUAUUUAACGUCAGGGGUCUCCGUACCUUAAGUGAAAAAUAAUUGAUACUCUGGAUGAGGCUACAAAAAUACGAUGCGACUAGUUGCUUUUGGGUGUACUUUUAAAAAGGAAUGGAAUGGAUAUAUUUUAACGCCAUGGGUCUGACGUGGUCUUAAAUAAAAAUGUUUCCCUUACGAAGGGAUUAUUCGCGUUUUCUGUUUGUUCUUACGUGCGAACCGGAAGCUGCCAUCUUAGGACCAGCUGAGAGAGAGAGCGAGACUUGUGACCCCCCACACCACCUCCCAGCUGGCUGUAUCCUCGCUUAUUAUUGUUAUUCCUGUGGAAAAUGACUGAUAGGUUAAACUAGGAAAAAAUUAAACUACAAAACUGGUGACAUGAAGAAGUUGGGGCAGCGGAAAGUGCGAGUGAGAUAGAAGAGUGGAAAAGCGUCAAAAUCGACAGGGUCGUCGUCGUCGUAUAAACUCUGAUGUCCAACUCCUCCUCCUCCUCCACCGAGAAUGAGACCCUGCUACUGAAGAACUUGAAGAACGGCCUUAACUGGGGUUCCUGAUCGACUGAAUGAAUGCUGGGGAGGAGGACAACACUUAUCCACAAAGAUGAAGAAGUUGUUCCAGCGGAUAGACCAGAAUAAGGACCAGUCGCACUCCAGCUUCGUCGGGAAGGUGUUCGUGGUGGGUCGGAACACAGUCACUGUCGAGGAUGUUAUCGCUGAGGGUGGAUUUGCACUUGUUUUUCUCGUCAAAGGAAGUGGAGGUGUUCGAUAUGCCCUCAAGCGAAUGUAUGUUAACAACGAACAUGAUUUGGAAGUGGCACGAAAUGAAAUUAACAUUGCAAAAAUGCUUAAUGGGCCACGGACAGUUGUGGGGUAUGUGGAUUCUGGAGUCACACAUGUUGGUGGAGGAGUUUAUGAAGUGCUCCUUCUUAUGACAUUUUGUAGAAAGCAUCUACUACACUUCAUGAAUGACAGGCUCAGCACUGGUUUGACGGAGGCUGAAGUCCUGAAGAUUUUCUGUGAUGUAUGUGAUGCAGUAACAAGACUGCACCACAUGAACCCACCUAUUAUUCAUCGAGAUUUAAAGGUUGAAAAUAUUCUAAUAAGCUCAGAAGGUAGCUAUGUCCUAUGUGAUUUUGGCUCGGCAACUUCAAAAAUUUUGUGUGGCACAACUGAUGGAGUUUCGAAAGUUGAAGAGGAAAUUCAGCGUUAUACCACACUAGCAUAUCGUGCACCAGAAAUGGUGGACUUGUAUUUAGGUAGACCAAUUACUUCAAAAUCUGACAUAUGGGCCUUAGGGUGCUUUUUAUACAAGCUUUGUUUCUUCACACUUCCUUUUGGAGAAAGCCCUCUCGCAAUAACUUCAGGGAAUUUCUCGAUUCCUGACAACGCUAGAUUUUCCAAGCAUCUUCAGUCUCUUAUACGUUAUAUGUUGGAUCCUGACCCAGACCAACGACCAGACAUAUAUCAAGUGUCCAGUAUAGCCUUCAAGUUAGCCGGAAAGGAAUGCCCAAUUAGAAAUGUUAAUAAUGUAACUGUUCCAUCGCUAGACCAGUUAUGUCAGAUGGUCAGUGAUCGGGAACAGCAGUCCUCAGUAAAGAUUAGUAGAGUAGCAACAGGCCCAGUGAUAGAAAGUACGUCUGUUGCUCCUCGGCAACGUCCAAAGGCUUCCCAACAUCCAUCAACAAUUUCCACUGCCGGAGGAGGACUUCCUCUUGGUCUCCCACUUCAAAAUACACAAGCAUUAAAGAGAAAUAUUGCAGCAUCAAAUGAAGGUGGUGCACAACACACAUCCCAGCAACAACAGCCACAGCAGAUGCAACAUCAGCAGCAACCACAACAGUAUAGUCCUAAUACAGCUUUUCCACCAGCUGCAUUGUUUGGUUCUGAUGCAUUCCCACCAGUUCAACAGUCAUUCCCCACUAGUCAGUUUGGGUCAUCAGCUGCUGGAACUACAGCAUCUUCUGGUGCAGCAGGUGCUGGUGGCAGUCAACAUCCUAAUUUAAGCUCUCAGCAGAGUUCCGGAUCGUUGGAGGCAUUUUUUCCAACAUCAGGCUACCCAGAUCCAUUUCGGGAAGGUGAGGGGGACGUCGGUAUGUGUGGUCCUCACUCCAUGAGUAGCAGUGUAGAGGGAUUAUUCCUCCCUCCCUCAGGAAGUAUCGGUAGUGGUCCCCAGUCUCUCUCAUUAAGCCAGGGGUCCAUUGGUGGUGGGGCUGCCAUUGUCCCUGGUGCAACAAGUUCAGUGCCUGGAGGGGUGAGUGGAACUUCAGGGUUGGUCAAGUGUGAGAGUGAUACUGCUGCGCUUAGUCAUCAGCAGCAACAACAGCAGCAGCAGAACCAACCCUCACAGGCAUCUCCCACAUUCCCACAACAUCCACGGGUCCAUCGUAGAAAUGUUUCUGAUACCUCCGCCUUUAACAAAACAUUUGCCAGUGAAACUACACAGUUCUUGGCACCUUUUGAAGCAUCAGUAAGAUCAGCUGAGAAAGAUGAUGUCCCACCAAAUACUGAAGGAUCACAUGAAGGUCUAGUCAGCUCGGAGGUAGACCUUGCAACUGCAGAGGUUCGAGCAUGGAAUCCCUUCAACGACAUGACGCCAUUUAGUCAAAUGUCUGAGGAUCAUAUAUUUGGUGCUGAGUUUGAUAAGAUUCGAAGAGGAUCCCAAAGCAGUAAGCAUAAAUUAGGUAUAUCAAAUGUGAAGAGUCGUGAGAGUCUAGUUAUGUCUGCAGAAGAUGACCCUUUUGGUGCUGCACCAUUCAGUGCCCCUGGUUCCCGUCGACAGAAAAAUUCCAUGAAACCAGGGACAAACAUGCAGAUGAAUAGUACUGAGAAUUUGGUAGCAUCGCCAACUGACCCUGCUUCAGGUGGAGACUCUUCCAGGGAACUGAUUCCAGGUCUUGGAGAAAGAGAGAGGCAUUCAAGUGCAUCAUCUCAUUGUUCCCAAGACUCCCAAGGAAAUGCUGCUGAGCAAGCUUCUGGUGGUCACUCAGCAGUACUUUUUACACGACCUCCCCUUGAGGACAGAUCCAAAUAUGAGAAGUUACAAAAUGCUCACGAUGAAGAGAGUGAAGAGGAAGGAGAUGAUGGAGUCAUCAGCCAACCCAGAGAAAGCCAAAAACAGUCUGUACCCCAGGUACAAGCAAGGAAAGCACUAGAGGGUCACUACCGAAGACGCCGUAAAGAAAAAACUCAUAAAAGCCAUCGCCACCAUUCCAAAGAAAAAGAUGCAGAAGGUGGUAAACCUGAUGGGGUUUUUAUUUGCAGUGUUUCGGAUGAUGAUUCCAUUGGGUCAGCGAGUGAUUUAAAAGCAAGAAUUAAUGAUGAAUAUGAUUAUGAUAACUGUGACAGGGGUGAUAUAUCAGAAACUAUAAGUUCAUCCGUCUAUCAUGCUGAAUGUGAAAGUGUAACAACACAUGAAGAUGAUGCAAGAGUAGAGGGAUGUGAUCCAACCCAGUUGGUUCGUCGUGGCCCAAAGCCAAGCAGAGCAGCUAUGAGAGCUCGUGCAAAAGCUCUCCAAGAGCAAGAAAACAGAAAGUGCCCUCCUGAUAGGUUGUUAGGUCAUGAGUAUGGUGAAAAACCCUUGCUUCAAGAUGAUGAAUUAGAUUCUGGUGAAGAAGAAGGUAAGUUAUCAGAGGAGGAUAAUGAUCACCAAAGUGAGCAUCAACCAGUACACCAGCAGGAUCAAGCCCCUCUCCGGUCAAGUAUUUUUCAAGUCCCUAGACCUUUCAGGAAAACUUCUUUAGAUGAAUCUUAUAAACAAAGAGAACAUUGUGCAGAUGAAGAUGUAUUUGCUUUAGCACCUUUCAAAACCUCCUUAAAAAAAUUCAAUAAAAAAGUAUUCCAUAGUAGAAGUCAACCUUCCAGCAACACUGUUUCUCCAUUAGAAGCAUCAAGUCAACUUGUAACACCACCUAUGGCUAACACAUCCCCAGCACCAGCACACAUGAGCAGUCCUGAAGUAUUAGAGCAAGUUGUUGAACCGAUUAGAUUGCCUGUACAAGCUGACAUUAUAUACGAAGAGUCUCCAAGCGAGGAGUAUCCUAUAUAUGAAAAUGUUGUUAUCAAUCCAAGCAAUAGUACAACUGAAAAUGGGGUAGUAGCUCCUAGGUAUCAUCAUUAUGAAAAUAUUCCAGGGCCUUAUUCAGUCUUAGCUUCCUAUGAUACACCUGCUGUUGUUAAUCCUGUUCCUACAAAAAAUCCUUUUGUCAAUCCUUUCAUUGGUGAUGAACAAGUUGUUUUGCCUACUGAUGCAGUUGAUCCCACACUUCAGUCAUCAAGUUCUUGCAUUAAUGAACAAAAUCACCCCUCUAAUCAACAAAAUAUUGCUCAGCAACCAAAUCAAGGUCUUAUGUCCCAUAGUAUAGAUUCCAUUACACCAACCUCAGUAGUGGGAUCAGUAAGUUCUCCUUCUUUGCAAAAUACAGAUCUUUUUGGUUCAACUCCAUUUAGUGAUGUAACUAUGUCAUCAGCUACACCAGUUGAUACCAAAGAAUUUUCUUCCAUGAAUCAAACAACAGUGAAUGGAAGCAUUGCACAAUUUUCAAAUAAUACCCAGUCUGCAUAUUAUACCCAACCAGUAGAUGUUAAUGCCCAUAUUCCUGUACACACAUCCACACCACGCUCACUGAAAAUUCAGCCAAUGUCUGCAAGUAGAGAGACAUAUUCAACUGAAGUAGAUGAUGCAGACUUGUUUGGUGCUGUGCCUUUUAAACCUGUUAUUGGUCAUCACCAGAGACCAUUUCAGAGUUCUUGUGGUAAGAGUCAGACUUUACCUGCCAAUAUGAAUUCUGUGUUUCAAGCUCAGAUGGCUCAAAUGGCAAAGGAAGGUGGUCAUGAUAAAUUUUUUGGAGAUUUCAAGGCUCCAAAAUCUCUUAGAAAAUCAACUCCCCCUAGUUUCCGUAAACCCAGAACAACCCAUCAGAAAUUGUCCGAUUCGGAUACUUCUAGUGAUGAUGGUGUUGCGAUGGCAAGCAGAAAACCAAAGCACAGAGACAGAAGUAAAGACAGAUUGAAAUAUAAGAAUAUAAGUGAAGAAUUUGAAGAAGAAAAUAUGAUGGUUCUUCCAGUAAAACAAUUUGGGCACUUGAAAAAGGAAAAAAUCAGUAAAAAAGGUAAAAAACAUGAUAAACCUGACAAGAAAGUUGAGAAAACUGAAAAGAAGCCAGAAAAAAAUUCAAGUUUUGAGUCAGCGGGAAUCUCCAACAUGAGCUUUGAAGAUUUUACGUUAGAAGAAAACAGACGUGAAGUUGAAAGAAGCCGUCGAGAAUCAGACAGGAGUCGACAGGAGAUCGAGAAAGUAGAGGAUUCAUUACAAAGCCCUGAAGAAGAUGAUUCAGACUUGAGAAUGACAGGUGGUACUAGAUUUGGUUCAUUAAAACGUGGCAUAAAUCCUUUUUCUAAAUUAGGUCGUUAAUAAUGGUAGUAUGGCAUCGUGCUGUAUAUUCAACAAGAAAUGAUUCCAGGAGUAAGUAGCCUGUGGUGUUUUUCUUCCAUAGAUAUAUAGAUGAUAAAGCUCUAAAUCUCUACUGUAGCUGGAGUGGAAGACUAUUUUAUGUAAAUCUCCAAUCAUAAUAGGUCCUUGACAAUUGUGUGAUAUUGAAACAAUUCUACAAUGUUUUCCUUUGCUCUUGUUAGGCUAAUCUGCUAAUUAUCUAUACUUAUAGCUACUUUUCAUAAAUUUUUUUACUGAGGUGGCAGAAACAUAUCUGGUUUUAAUAUAGAAUUAAAGGGUGUUAAAUAUUGUUCACAGCAUUUUUAUCAUGAUAAUUAGGAUACCGUAUAUUUUAAAAGAGUAUAGGAGUUUUUAUGAAUGUGGGAUGCUUAUGUUUUCUUUGUGGUAAACAGUUUUUUGGGUUGCAUUUGUAAGGUAUUGUUAACAACUUUUUCAAACCUGUUAUGACUGACAGUUUAAAUGUAAAACUGAAAUCACCGCAUAAUAAAUCACAAUGUUUAAUUCUGAACUGUACCAAAUAAGAAACUCAUGUGCUCAGUAUAUUUCUUUACUGUAUUCCAAGAAGUUGUAAAAAGAAUAUAUACAGGAAUAAUGUAUCAAAUAAUAUUAUCAAACAUACAACUUUUCAUGUAAUUCUGCAAAAAAAAUGGAAGGAAAUCAGAAUAAGUGAAAAAUUCAUUUAUUAUGACAUUGGUGUCAUAUACUAGUACAUACUACAUACCCCCAAAGAACUGUUUGGCAUGAAUUGACAGUUUAUAAGCACCCAGUGUAAAGGUGAUGCUGGGUAAUCUUACCUGGGCAUAAUAAGUUUUUGAUAAACAUAAAGCCAAUUUUUUACUGCAGAAUGCCAGUAUUGUUAAGGCAACUACUGGUGUUGUUAUUAGUAAGUAAUAUAAGAAAUCAUUUUUUGCAAUAAUAUACAUAUUGUAACCAUUGUUUUGUUGAAAUGACUGAGAAAAGUCAGAUAUUCCUUCACCAUAUGUGAUAGCUAAGGUUUUUUUUUGCAGUGAAUAUGUAGACAAGAAUUAUUUAUAACUUGAAAUUAUUUAAUCAUAUGACUGGGUUUCAUGAUACUAUUUUAAAGCAUGGAUGAAGCAUUAUUUCUUCACAUGUAAAUUCACUCUUACAGUUCAAGAGCUUUACUUUAAUAGGAGUCGAGUGUUUACGACUCAGACAACAGCUGUUUGGCCACCUUCUCCAUGUUCAAUCAUUUUUUAUUUCUGUAUUGUUGUUACGUAUUUAGAAUCUGCCUUGGUGAAAGAGUUAUUGUCAUUGUUUAGCAUAUGCUACUUAAAAACUCAAGGGAAAUACUUUAGUAAGCAUUAUAUACAUGCAUCGUAGGUGGCUAGAUUCUACAAUCACUGAAAGUCCAUUACUGCUGGUACCUCUCUCAAUCAAGUGCUAAAACCUCAGUAACCCAUGUGAUGAUUGAUGGCAUAGUUAAAAUAUUUAGGAAGUAAUUUAUAAUAUGUAUUCUGUAUUGUGCAAUGAAAACUACUUUCCUUUUAUAGUUAACUUCCUUUACACUCCUGUUUGUAAUACACUAAGGUAAAUCAUUAUACAGUUUCAAGGAGUCCCGGGUAAUGUCUAAACUUCAGAUUGGUAAUUCAUUAAAUUGAGUAUAUGUAUUAAACUUUGCCUUAUAGUAAUGCUCAUAUACCAGAUGUUCUUUGUACAAAGCACUUUCUUUUAGCAGGGCAGUAUUGAAUGUAAAGCAUAUAAUAAAGUAUAAUUGUUUCAAUAUUUUAUUGCGAAUAAAGUGGCUGUGUAAGAUUUUUAUGGAAGUUUAAGCAGUAUUUUUAAAGUAGUUGGGUUUUAUUCCAAGAAAAUUCAGGCAAUACAAACACCAUCGUUUGGAUUUUCAAAAAGCUCCUAAAGUAUGCAAGGAGAUACAGUGUGACUGAAGUUCAGAUAAGGCAGUGUCACUUAAACAUGUUUCCUGGCUUUGUUUUGUAUCUUGCCUCAAACCUUUGCACAAAGUGGCCAACAUCUUCAGUAAAAUUAAAGUCUCACAGGCAUGGACUUGAGAUUCUUUGUCUUACCAAGCAUGCAUGGCUUCAAUUUUGCACCAACAUAGGGAAAAUAUUGACUGCUAGGUGCAAAGCCUGCUGGCAAGAUUCUUCUAAAAGAUGCCAAGAAAUGUUAAUGUGUAAAACUGCCAUAAAAAUAUCUCUUGUUACUGUUAACAGAAAGAUUGUAUUGUCUGAUGGCAGCUAAUGCAAUAUCUUUUUUUUCCAAGGAUAAUAUUUUGUUUAAUAUUUUGUUGAUGUGCUGAAACUGUGCUGAGAUAACCUUAGCAUUUUUAUAACAUUUGAAGUUUAUAUUUUGAAAUUGUGAGAUAUUAGCAUAAUAGCAGGUUGCUUUUAAGUUGUCAUUAACCUGGUGCAUUGUCUGUUAUGUUAGGUUUGAUUUGUAGGGGGAAAUAGAUAUACAGGUUUCUGCAGAAAGUUAUUGAAAAUAGUUUGAUAGUUUAUGCACUGGUAAUUUGUUUGUGACCAAGAUACAGUAUAUUUGAAAUCAACAUUCCAGUAAAGUAUGAAAGACAAGAGACAUUCCAAAGCAAAAUUAAUUUUUAAUGGCAAAUAAUUCUGUCGUCUUAAUCUUGUCUUAAUGCAUGUAUUGGUAGGACAUAUUAAGCAUGUAUUAUUUCCAAGUAAAAACAUAAUGGGUCCAAAAAAUAAUUCAGUGACUUGUUCUAUGAAAAUCAUGAUGCAAGUCUAUAGUAUGUAAUUCAUAUACUAUAGUACUAUACAGUUUUGUUUAUAAACUACAUUGAUGUUAUUUCUUCUGUCCAAGCUUUAAUAUAAAACUCACAGGGAGAAGACAUUCAUCAACGUCUGUCUUUAUUCAAGUGUUAAAAUGUUUUAUCAGUAUUGCUUAAAGUAACAACUUACUACAUAUACAAAUAUCAUUUUGCUUUAGAAUUUUGUUAGUAUUGGUUUAGCAUUUUGCUUCUCUAAAGCUUCAUGCUUUUUGAAAGUAUUUAUGAACAAUUUGUUUUCCAUGAAUUAGGAUCUAUGAGCUGUACUGAUAAGCUUCAGCAGUACAUGUGCAAUAUUUUUCAGUUUCUGUCAUGUGGCCAAUUUCAUAUUUUCUCAUGCUACCAGCAACUGGACUGACUAUGGAAACAAUCUUACCAUUCAUUUUUAUUGAUAUUUUGGUAGAUUGAGUAAUUGUCAGGAAAUGGAAGACUUGGUAGAAUAGAAUAUUGUGUUGGCAAAUGUACAUAUCAAUGCCAUUCUCACCCUUGAACAAGAUCAAAUGUUUCGUAAUGAUUGUGUUUACUUUACUCAGCAACUUUGUCUCAUUAUGCUUCACUUAUUUAUUGAAAACUUUCACUUUACUAUACCUCUUUUUUAAACAUCCAGUCAAUCAUUUUCAUUUAGUUUACAUUGUUUAAUGUCGUUCAUACGAUAUUAAAAAAAUUAAUCUUUUGGUUUUGGCAUGUGCUAUUCAAAUCCUUACUUAUCUGUAUUGUUGCUGAAAUAUCCUUAAUUUGUCCUGUUCUGUAGUCUGUUCAUUUUUAUCUUGAAAUUUCACGUUUUAAACUGUGACCACUUUUGUUUUUAUGUAAGGAAGUUUGGGCUUUGUUUAUUCCAGAUGAAGAUGAGUUGUAUGUUAACCCUGUUAGAUUUUACAGUUAAAAAAAACUCCCAUUUUACUUACUGUAAUAUGCAUUAGUUUUGUAAAGCCAGGGACAGAUUUUUUUUUACAAGUGGAGGAGUGCUUUCACUAACAACUCCUGCUUCUCUGGGAAAUCUUUGCCUUACUUACUGCACUGACUUCACUUUGCGUUUGGUUUGCAUUGCUCUUCAGUCUUUUCCACAUUAUUUUGAUGUCAUGAAUAAAAGUUAGCCAAGUACUUUCCGGUUACAAUUAUCUUCACGUAGUGAUUAACAUUUGAGUGUUUAGAUACUUUGUGCUUUUGUGAGUUUAGUGCAACACUGUAUUUAAAUUUUGUUGAACGCUUUACUUCUUAUGUAUGAGUAUCCAUCUUUUUCUGUAAAUUUUGGAAGUAUAAGAACAAAGCAUUUGUAUGACCCUUUUGAGAGUAAAGAUAUUUUGGCUUAGUGAUCUGGUUAAAUUGUUGAACUAACUUUUGUUUUUAUAGUUUUAGUUCUUAUUUUGUUAACUAGUUUAUUGUAAUUUAAUAUUAUAUCUGAUUUUAUGGACUUGUAGUAAUUAUAAAUGUUCUGAUGUAUUUUUUGAUAGCAAACCCUUCAUGUCAGCCCUAUGAGAGUUUCUAAUUACAUUAUUUCUAAUGUUUUUGAUUUCAAGGAAGCAACUGCUUUGCAUAUAUGUAGCUCAUGGCCGGAGUAUUCUGUCUGACUUCCUUGUUAACUGUGAGAGUAGGAGCUAGAGGCAAAUUUUUGAGGGGACUAGUAUUUGCAUUCCAGUUUGUUGAAGAACACCUUCCAAGUUGGCCUAUCCAUGGAGAAUCCUUUUCAGGUUUCCUUGCCCAGUUAGAAAAACUGGUCAGCUUGUAGUCUCUGGUUGCUCUAAUCCAGAUUCCAUCAAAUUAGAGAUGCUAUAAAAUUUUAGGGCUGUGAUAUUAAAAACAAUGGAUUUAUAUACUAUAUGAAAAGCAAGGACAGCAUCAGAGGCCCAAGAGAUGAUAAUGAGAACACUUGAAGUUGCUUGCCAAAGAAUUCCCUUCAGAAACAUUCUGAAGUGAGAAUUUGUCGUCAUCUAUUAAGGAGCAUUCAGAUGGACAUUAAUCACAUAUGGAGCUAUGUAAUGUGACUGAUACAUGACCAUAAUGAGACAAGAACCACAGUCAGAACCAUCAUAAUCAAAUCCACCUUAACCAAAGUGAAAAAGGCAGAAUUUGUGUUCAAGAGCAAUAGAGACAAAAGAGAGAGGACUGGAUUCGCAGGCACAGUGUAUACAGCUGAGAUCAACUUGUCCAAGUGGGAGACUUCAUGGAUUAUGUUCAAAUGUUCAAAAACAAUAUAACUAAAAGAGAGGAGACCAGAUUUACAGUCAAGCUGUUAAGAUUGAAAUACACAAAACUGAUGCAGAAAAAUGUCAGUUUUGAUCAACUUGACUGGGAAGGAAACUAAGGCCAAAGAUAGGCUAACAGGGUCUGGAUUUGCAUAGUUAGAAGUGUGAGACAGGGUUGAGAUCAGGACUGAUAUGAUUGAGAAUGAUAAGUACUAUACAGAGACUGUGAUUAUUAACUGUACACAGAUGCAACCAAGAGAUUAUCUGUGAGCUUUGAAAGGGGUGCCACAACUAUUGGAACAUGCAACUUAGUUGUAGAUCAAGUAAAUAUUUUUGUAUAGGUUACUUUGCACUAAGUCAGGAUUAUCUUUAUAGGUCUUAUUGAAGAGCAAUGUUUUUUGUUACUCAAGGUAUUGUAAUAAAUAAUUGUGGUUGCAAUCUAUUACAAAAGAUGUCAUACCUCACAAAAUGGACACAGUGAGGAAAGCUGUUGAAGGUAGGUGGAAGAAUAGUUAUCUUUAUAAUCAUACUAGUAUAUGUCUUUCUUGAACAUAGUGAUGCAAACAUAAAUCGGUCUUUGGUGGUUUCUUCUUAAUUUUAUGAUGAGUAAGUCUGAGUCAUCUUUUCAAUAUACAUGAGCAGUUCUGGAGGUACCAUGGAUAUAAUUAAGCUUCAAGUACUUAAUCCCAACUUUACAACAUUGCCAAUCGUUGAAAUGAGACGUGGAACUUUUAACAAAUACUGAGUUGGCAUACAUGAGGUAAGAAAUUUGCGGGCAUAAAAAUGUGUAAAUAAAUUUUGUUAAGUGCUGAACAAAUCAUAUCUAUUUGUAGUAUGUACCAUCUUUCCACCCCUUCUAAUUGAUGUUCACUUAUACACAUAUGCUGCUGUCAGCUUUCCAGAGUGAUAAGUUAAAACAGCAUGCCAAGUGAGGCAGGUCAUCUCACUUAGCAUGAUUACUACUUUGCUUGCCUGUUCUUUAGCACUCCAAAUGUUAUAGUUGAAGUAAAAUGAGACAUGAAAAUUACUCUUUAAUUUUGUUUUUAUUAGGAACUUAUUCUCUUUUGGUUUUAGUAUGAUGGUACAGUGAUAUGGCUGUUAAUAUGUAAAGUCAGAUGUUAUGAUGAGUUCUAAUUGUUAGUGCUAUUGUUUGCAAGUGCAUCUAGUAGAAAGACUAGCCUGUAUUCUGUAAUCAGUAUUAAACAUUCUUAUUAAUUUGAUAUUAGAGUUUGUAUUAUGAAUUAAACUGACUUAUAAUAAGAAUCAUGAUUUUCUAAUUAAAUUCACAUAUGAGGUUCAUAUAUCCAUAUUUUUCAAGUACCUGGUAUAUAACUCUGGUAUAUGCUGGUUAACAGGCUAUGACCAUAGCCAGCAUAGUUGAAAUAAUUUGGAUACAAGAUGAAAGAAAUUUCAUUAGCAUUUCUUGACUAUUACUUUGUUUCAUGAGACUUAUGACAAGAGUUAGGGCCUUAACUUAUCUGGUUAAACUAUUUAAAAUUGGUCAUUAGGUUUAAAUCAGCCAUUGUCAAGUACUCUACAUGUUUACUUGAUGAAUGUUUAUUUGAAAAGUGUGUCUUGUGUUUUAUAUAUUUUGUCCAGUUUAUGGACAAAUAAUUAUGGCUGGGCUCUACAUUCAGUAAUUUUCUGUUUAGACUUUCAGUGGAAUUGUGAAUUAUCCGAUUCAUAAUCCUAUUGGUUAAUAUACUUAUAUAAUUACAGCAGCAGAACAUUGGUUAUUGUUUGCACUACAACCACACAUCAUAAGUGCAUGCCCAAAUCAAGCAGCUGCAGCUGUAGUCUCGCAGAUUGAAGGCCUUGAAUAAAUCAUUAGUACUUUAUUGUACUUAAUCCUAGUAUACUAUAUAUGCACA